GUUUUAAUUUGUUUUUGUUUCUCAGAAAAACCAACCACUUCAUUGUCAGUAUAUAUAUGUUAGCACAGAUCUGUCUUUAUAUCACACUCUCUUACUUGUUCCUUACUUCUGGCUAUCUACACAUCAGUGAAUCAAUCACCGUAGUUUUGAAUCCUGUGGAUGAGUUUGUGGGAAAUUAGCCUGGCACCAUGAUUCUACGGCUAAACAAAGUGAUGUCGGAGCAGUUCCCUCAAGUUGCUACGAAAGUGAAUUCUCUACAACCAGAUGAUCUACCUGACAAGCUGAAAUCUGCAGUCACUGAGGACAGAAACCGUGAUCUGAAUAUAAUGCAGGUGUCAUUAGAUCUUCUCUCAGAGAAUCUCAAAAAAUAUUUUGAAAAUGCCUUACAACAACUUUGGCCCUUUAUGCCACCAACCAUUGUACCAGACAUGAUGUUUGAAAAGAACCCUUUCAUCCCCAAACUGUGCCAAGCAGACCUUUUGUUGACUGCUUUGAAUUAUGCAAUUGAAUGCGGAGAGUUCCACUAUGCUUCAGCCCUUGCAUUUGUGGUCGAUCGAUUCAUGUACUGGUAUGGUGGUUCUAAGGUGUUGUUGAAUAUUAUUGAUCACAUAUUGGUACUGAGUCCCUCAACAGUCAUUGCUCCACAGUUAACCAUCCGGCGUGCACGUAUCAUGAAGGAUAAUGGUAAUCUCCAUGGUGCCAUAGAAGUCCUUGAUAGCCUUAUUGAUUCGAAAGCUCUCAGUGAAGAUGGCCAGUGGCACUACAGAACUGAGUUUCAGUAUAUGAAUGUUUAUGCAGUCUGUGUGCAAAUCAAAGGACAGAUUUAUCGCAACUUAGGUUUGUGGAAAGAAGCUGUUCCUCUCUUGUUGAAAUCUGUUGAAGAAUUUGAGAAACUCCCUGAUAAGGACUUGAAAGGCAUAUCAUACUCUUAUGGUUUGCUCUCUCAUUGUUUGUGUAAGCUCAGCCAUAAGGAGUAUUUGGAACUUCAGAACAUUUAUGUAUUUCAGAGAGACCAUCCUUGCUAUGAGGCAUUUGAAUAUGGCAUGAAAGCAGCUGAAUUAUCACCAAAACAGAGUUUGUUUUUUGCAAGACAUUGUCUCCAGUCAAGUGAAAGUCUGUUGAUGUAUGCAGUUCAGGUAACUGAUUUGACUCAGCGGAAGAAAAUAUUGGCUGAUGUUAUUCUGUAUCUGCAAAAAGUUAUUUUUGCAAACAACAUUGCAGAAAUUUCAAAGAGUAAGGAGCAAUUGUUCAUCUUUAUAAAAGGAAUUUAUGUGAUGGUUCUUGUCCUUGGCUGCUCCAAUACAUCUGCAGAUCAGUAUUUUGCUGAUCAUUUGGAGAAGGCUUGCCUCUACUUAUACAAGAAAUAUUCUCUAUUAGGAAUCGAUGGAUUGGAAAGUAAAAGAGGUGGAGACAUUUUCAAAGAGAUGCUACCGGCAAUUAAGUUUCUCUUCGUUACUCUUAAAGAACCAACCAUAGAAAGACAAGCAUAUUUCAUUACUAGUUUUAAUUCUAUGAAAACUUCUAAACCAGAAGAAAUGGAAGACAGUAUACGUAAUGGUUGUAGUUUGAAUAAAGAAUAUGAGAAGACAAUGAAGGAACGAAAUGAGAAUUACAAACAGUCUUCGUAUGAAAGCAAGCCUGCUGCCACAUUACAAAAUAAGGAUAGAAAUUCAAAAGAGUCUGGGACAGUUUUAAGUGAAGAGAGGGUAAACAAGUGUAUGGUAGACACUAAUGUAGUAAGUGAGGUGAGACAGGACAGCUGUAGGAUAGACUGCGAUACAGUAACUAAAGAAAGGGGUCCUGAAUGUAUGGCAGACCAUAACGCAGUAACUAAAGAAAGGGAUCCUGAAUGUAUGGCAGACCCUAAUGCAGUAACUAAAGAAAGGGAUCCUGAAUGUAUGGCAGACCCUAACGCAGUAACUAAAGAAAGGGAUCCUGAAUGUAUGGCAGACCCUAAUGCAGUAACUAAAGAAAGGGAUCCUGAAUGUAUGGCAGACCCUAACGCAGUAACUAAAGAAAGGGAUCCUGAAUGUAUGGCAGACCCUAAUGCAGUAACUAAAGAAAGGGAUCCUGAUGUAUGGCAGACCCUAACGCAGUAACUAAAGAAAGGGAUCUG